UGGGGCCAAAAACAUUUUUGGACAGUCGCAAGUGUGAAUUGAUUUGAACGGUGUAACAAACUUCCUAACCUAAACAUAAAUAUAUCUGAAAGUAUAAAGCAAAUGACCAUGUUUUGUAAAAUUUUAAAUCGUUCGUUUCGAGCUAAUAUCAGGAAUGUAAUCAACUUGAAUGUGCUGCGGUUGAGUAGCUCCAAUGGACCCCAAGGCGACAUCCAGGAUGCACUGGACAUCGAGGCCAAUCUUUUCGGAAAUUCCGGGUUGAGGCACGAGCCGGUAAACACGCGGGAAGCUUUACGCAAGAAUCGAACGAAACCAUUUGUGGCAAGGAAAUCCAAGGAACCUAGUGGUUCGGUUGCACCUGGAAAGUUGACGGCUCCCCUGGCUUCUCGGAUAGUUACGACUCCUGCCCCAGUAAUCAAGGACACUGAACUGAAUCUGGAGUUUGUGCGUCUCACGCUGCAGGAUCCGCUGACCAGCACACUGUUAACCACAGUGCGUUCCCGCAAACGGCGUGACAAGAACCGACAGAUCAUCGUCGAGGGUAGACGCCUCAUCCAGGAAGCCCUGCAAUGUGGUCUCAAAAUGGAGACCCUCCUUUUCAGCCAGAAAGAUCAGUUGGCUCUAGUGAAAGACCAAGUUGGCCGGGCGCAACUGGAGACGCGCACCAAGAUAUACAAGGUGCCGCAGCACGAUCUGAAGACAUGGUCUUCGCUGGUAACGCCUCCCGGACUGAUGGCCAUUUUUGACAGGCCUUCAAACAAAGGUUUGGAGCAGAACCUGGCAGAGCAGCAGCGUCUGGGCACUCAGCCCCUGCCCAUUACAGUUGUAUGCGACAACAUCAGGGAGCCCAACAAUCUGGGUAGUAUCAUAAGGACCUGUGCCGCUUUGCCCUGCAGCCAGGUUGUCGUCACCCACGGCUGCUGCGAUCCCUGGGAGUCAAAGGCCCUGAGAGGAGGCUGUGGCGGUCAAUUCCGAGUGCCCAUUCGUGAUGAUGUGCCCUGGGAGGAGCUCCCUUUGACCAUUCCUCCAGAAGCAGCCGAUAAUUGCCAUGUUUUCGUUGCGGAGAACAACCAAGAAAAGCGGCAGAGCCACAAGGCCAUCGAUUACGCAGAGAUCAAGGAUAUCGGAGCCCACAAUUUACUCAUUAUUGGCGGAGAAAGUCAUGGAGUUAGCGAGGAAGCUUAUCGAUUUUUGAACUUAGUUGGUCGCAAGGGAAAGUGCGUCUAUAUACCGCUGGCAGCUGGCAUAGAUAGCUUAAAUGUGGCAUCCGCGUUAACGCUGUUGCUCUUCGAGCUGCGAAGAAAACUAACUGAGCAGGCGACAGCUGAAAAAUAAGCAUCGAGUAUCGAACCAGAAAUAAAAGUAUUUUUAUGGAAACCAAAUUCGUAAAUAAAUUAAACGAUUCACCCCUGUAAUUAAAUGUUAAACAAUUAGAUACAAUCUAGUAAACUA